GGCACAUCUCUGACGAUUACCACUGAUUACAUGAGUGUAUCUGAGCCGACUGAUGGAAUAAUAUAUAGUAACAGCUUUGUAAAUGGUCUUGGAUAAUGCAAACAUAACUUUCCAUGGAGUAAAAUAGACAAGUGUGUUAUGUUUUCUUUUUGUCUGGAAAUAUGGUUGGUAAAGAUGACAUGGUGGAUGCUGAAUUGCCAUCUCGAGAUGCAGCAAAAGAAUUUUAUGCCAAAUAUGAACCUAAAGAGGCUUUAGGAAGAGGGAUCAGCAGUAUAGUGAGACGAUGUGUAGAAAAAGAAACAGGAAGAGAAUUUGCUGUAAAAAUCAUUGAUAUCAGUGGGGAAAAGUCAGAAAUAUAUGAAGCAGACCUCACCAAAAAGGAUACUUUAAGGGAAAUUAACAUUCUUAAAAUGUGUAAAGGCCAUGAACAUAUUAUUGAACUUCAUGAUACCUUUGAAACACCUACUUUUAUAUUUCUUGUAUUUGAACUAUGCAAGCAAGGAGAACUUUUUGAUUACCUCACUCAAGUUGUAACUUUAUCAGAGAAACGUACAAGGAUUAUAAUGAGGCAGUUGAUAGAAGCUGUGGAUUUUAUACAUAGUAAAGAUAUAGUGCACAGAGACUUAAAGCCAGAAAAUAUACUGCUAGAUGACAAUCUAAAUGUCAAAGUGUCAGACUUUGGGUUUGCGACAGUAUUAGGCCAAGGAGAAGAACUCACAGAGUUGUGUGGAACACCAGGAUACCUAGCUCCAGAAGUGCUAGCUGUUUCUAUGUAUGAUAAUGUUCCUGGGUAUGGCAUGGAAGUGGACAUGUGGGCCUGUGGAGUUAUUAUGUACACCUUACUGUGUGGUGCACCACCUUUCUGGCAUUGAAAACAGAUGCAGAUGUUGAGAAUGAUCAUGCAGGCAAACUACACAUUUGGAAGCCCAGAGUGGGAUGAUGUCAGCCAAACAGCUAAAGAUCUGAUUUCAAACUUGUUAAUGGUUGAUCCAAAACAACGAUUAUCAGCUGACCAGGCCCUGGCAUCUCCUUUCUUCAAGAGAGAGCUAAAACCACCAAAACAAUUUUUCCCAAGGAGGACAUUUAGGGCUGGUGUUUUUUGUGUGAGAUUUUUCCAUAGACUUCGAUUCUUUUACUACAACCCCCCACCAAUACCAGUGGAUACUGUAAGAACUAAUCCAUAUAGCAUUAAAAACUUCCGCAAACUCAUAGAUAGCUGCACUUUCAAAAUGUAUGGACAUUGGGUAAAGAAAGGAGACAAUCAAAACCGUGCAGCAUUAUUUGAACAUGUACAAAGAGAAGACUGGAGAUGCCAGAAUUCCUUUGAAAGUACUUGAUAAGUUCUUGAUAAAUGAUUGUGUAUGUAAUUUUUUAUGCAAGAUACUGUAGAAGUACUUUUUAUGUAGAAAAUCCACAAUGCUUUGCAUGUUAAGAACUUGAGAGUGUUAAUGCCGUCGUCCCAAGCUUGCCUGAAGACGAGAGACUUCUCACUGUGUAGUUAAUCCUUUUUAGAUCCCAUAAAAGCUUAAGUGAUAUUUAUUUUUCACAUUUUGUCAGAGUUUCUUCAACUGUUCAUCCAUAUUUUAAUAUUUUCAUUGUCUCCAGAGCCACUGGGUCAAUUUCAGCUGAACUUGACACAGAGCCACUGGAUCAAUUUCAAACCAAACUUGACAUUAAAGAUCUUGAGUGAGAAGAGAAAUAAAUAAGAAUUAGUUAAAAUUUCUUGACAUCUUUUGAAAAUUUUCUUAAGGUAAUGCAAGGUAAUGUUUAUUCACUGAAUUAUAUUGGAUGUUGUUGGUCAUUUCUUUGCCAUGCUAACAAUUGAAUAUUGUGCUCUGAGUCUUGUCAGGGUUUUUUUAUGACUUAAAAAAAUCAAUAUAUACGUUCUCUAAUUUUGUGUCUUUAUAAAUAUGUGUUUUCAAUCAUCCUUAUUAUGACUUUGAAAACUGGUGUGCAUAAAAGACAGAUGAGCCAUUUUGACAGGAAAGUUGAAUAACACAAAUGAAUCCUGCAUGAACAGAAAAAAGUUGAAUAAAUUUGAAAAGUAAAAUUUU